AACCCACCUCUAUUGAUAGGCGCAGGGCGUGAACAAUCUUCAGCCUAGAAAGACACUGUGCCACUGCAUGGCCAAUCUGACACAAUUGGGGUGAAACGGGCCAGAAAAUACUAUUCUCUUCCAUUCUGUUCUGUCAAUCAGGGCUUAAAAACUCACUAGAAAGAAGAGCGAGAGGGAGAGUGAACAGGGCGACAAUUAGUAGAACUUUAAGUGAAACCCUCACUGUGCGACGGUUUUCAUAGAGGUUUCCCUCCUCGAGUUAUCGUUAAAAAGGAACAGAUUUGUUUUUUCUGCACUUAAAAUUGGAGCAGUGGGUGCAGAUGUGAGCUUCUAGCAAUGGAAUGCUUUCUGUCGACUGCUAGGGGGCUUGUGUGCGCCCCACACUCACUACCUCCCCAAACGUUGACGUGUUUUGUAAAGGGGACCACACAGGUCGUGAGUUUCAUUAAAUUGAUAAACAUUUUAUUUUUCCUGUAUGACGAGCAGAUUGCCAAAAACUACGUUGCUAUAGAAAUGAGUCCCACGAACUCCUCAAUGACGACCAAUCGUUGACCAGGAUUGUAAAUGGGAGCGGGGGAAGGAAAACUAUCCUUUCUUUUUCUGGAAAAGGAGGGGUGUUGCGGAGAAAAGAUUAACGAAGCGUGAAGCGUAACUGCAAGAGGGGGACAAAGACACAUAGCGGGAGAAAAUGCGACAGUGAGAAGAGGCAGUCCUAAUGAAUUCAACCAACAUAGUAUGGAAUACAGAACACGGAAAAUAUGAACGUUUUUUAAAGCCAAGAAAGUUGGACGUAUUUUGAAAACAGGAGUAAAAAGAGUUAUGCUUUCAAACGAGGGCAUGAAAUGUGGAUAGUAGGUGUCCGAACUUUGGACAGCGCAUAUGGUCACUUUUUGUUCCUUUUUUACUGACACGACUGUGACAGUUUUGCGGACGAUAUUGUUGCUUUGUGGGGUAGCUGAAUCAAUGCAAAGGAUUUCAACAUUUUUACUCAUCCGUUCCAGACUGGAUUCAUUCACACUCAUAAAACAGACUGUUAUUCCACAACUGUCAAGCGUGUAUUGGAGAGACAGAGGGACAUCUUUAGGUUUGUAGCUAGGCCUACUAAACACAUUUAUGUUUGGACCAUAAACGCCUCAUACUAAAUGGGUUUAUUAGUUACAUUACGUUUUAAAUUCAUCAAAGACUUGGCUGUCCCGCACUAACUGGAGGAAAAUGUGCGCAUCGUCGAACUAGAGCUCUCUCCAGCAUGAACAGUUGGUGCAGCGCUCUGGCGCUCUUCUCAUCGGUGCUGUUGGCGCUAGAUGCCCAGUUAAUAUGUUGGCAAGCCCUGCUCCGAUGCCAUGAGGAGGCAGACUGUGAGCUUGCAUACAGCCAGUAUUUAGCCGCCUGUGAAGGAAACAUCAGAGGCACCAGGAGGCAAUGCCCCAGCCACUGUAUCAACGCGUUGAUAAGACUGAAUCACACCCGCAAUGGCCCUUACCUCGAGAGGUGUGACUGUGGUCAGGACAUGGAGUGUAGGGAUGCAAAGCGGGCAAUUGAGCCAUGCCUCCCCCGGAGGUAUCCUGGAGAUGCGGGGGGGAUAGGAUGCACAGAGGCCCGUCAACGCUGUGAGGAGGACACCGGCUGCCACUCCUCCCUGACAGCCUACUUGUCUUACUGUGGGCAACUCUUCAAUGGCAGGAAAUGCUCCUCCAGGUGCAAGGCCACAAUACAACAGAUGCUAUUCAUCCCAAAUGGCAUGCUACUAAACCAGUGUGUGUGCGACGGGGUGGAAAGGCCGUUCUGUGAGGUAGUCAAGGAGAACAUGAGCAAACUUUGCCAGAUUGGAGACCACAGUGUUAUUUUAGACCAGGCAGAUAUGGACGAUAUGUAUGAGGAUGAAGACUAUGAAUCGAAAACAGAGGAGAUAUGUCCUCCUGACUCAAAUUCUAGUUCCCCACAGUUGUCGAGCUAUAUGGCCUUAUUAUGCAUCACUCUUGCACGGAUAUUCUAUUGAGAAAUGAAUGUGGUCUGUUGAAAGUGACCUGUUGUUGUGACAGGGAUGGGUCCAAUCUAAUGAGCACGUGGGUUUGGUGUAGUGGAAUACUAUGUGCUCCUAGUAAUCUCCUAUGGGCCUAAUGGAUUUUUCAUAUUUUGAUGUGAUGCCUUAAUCUGGGACACAAUGAUGGACAGGACAUUCAGACCACCAAUUCAAUUAGCAAAUUAGGCCUAGGCUACUCAUGGAAUAUCCUAGGUCGAAACUGUUCUGGAGUGUAAAGAUCCAUAAAGUGAUUGUUUAAGGAGAAAUGAACCAAACUUGACUUCAUUGUAACAAUACUCCUCAUUGGGCAUUGCAUCCAUUACUUCUGGGCUACCUUUUAAACUCUUGUGCCUAUUUGUUUAGUUUCGUCUCAAUGGUCCUUGGAGUGUGGCUUUAUUAAGACUUAAGAUAAACAUUGGACCAGUCCAGUUUCUGUUUGCUUUCCUCUCUAUUUUAGGGGCCUCUGCAUUGUUGCAGCCAUCACACUUCAAAUAUUUGUGGGGAACUGCCAGUGAACAGACAAGGGUUUAGAAUCAAGUAGGCCUAGUUAAAUUAACUGAAGUGCCUCUCCAGCAGCCCCCUACCCCCCAUGACACAUCCCCCACUCUUGAUAGUUUUAUUUAAAAUGUUCCCCCACUCUCCCCCUUUAGGGACCCCCUUUCUUUAUUGAAAGCAAGAAGUCACCCUUCUCCUUAUAGACUGGCCUCUACAAGAUGAAUGUGGGCUUAUGAUAGACUUAUAUGGACAAAAGAAGAGGCACUAGUGUUUUUCUCAGAAAAAAACAAGAAAUACCAGUUUAUUACUAUGAAUAGCAGUACAUAAGCUACUUGUUAAUAGGCCUAGUUUAAUUUAUUAUUAAUUUCAUAUAAAGUGUAAUGGGUUCCUUUCCAGGACAGAAACAUGCUUGACAGUUAGCCUAGAUAUUUAGCAAGAAGGGAAAAAGCUAAGAAGUUAUUGUAUUAUUUUUUAAUGAAGCUAAUCCUUCCCGUGUCUUGUCAUUAUCUUUACAAGAUGUCACUUGAAGUUUUUCUAAACUAAUCUUUGUUUUUGUCAUGAUCGUCAAUGUCAUUUCUUUUUUAUUCCACCUUGUUGGGAAGAUGCUGGUCCAUAGGGAAAUGUAACUGUCAUGUUGAUGUUAAAUUAUAUAUAUAUAUAUAUAAAAAAUAAGGAAUCUAUCUUUUACAUUUAUAUGUCAUAUAUUAAUGCUGUAAAUUAGUGUCCAAUUUGUCCAUUGUGACUUUGCAGUCAAUACACCACCUCAUGAAUAAUAUGGCAGUAGUUUACAUGUACAAAAACCAUAUUUUUUGAAACAAUUCUGCAGGUAGAUUUGUCAUCUCAACCAGUGUGGAAAGAAAUAAUGGAUACUUGUUAUAUAUGGAAAAUAAUUUAUGUAAUAAAAUUAUUAAGUGUGA